UUUUGACAUUUUAGUGACAGAUGUUUGACAACUGUGUUGUAGUGUUUGCGUAAUAAUAUUGUGUUUUGGGUUUUAUUUUUACCAAAAACCGAUUAGCAUCAAGUAAAAUAUGUCUGAAAGAAAAGUUCUAAACAAAUACUAUCCUCCGGAUUUUGAUCCGUCUAAAAUUCCUCGCAUGAAAUUGCCCAAAAAUAGGCAAUAUACAGUGCGUUUGAUGGCUCCUUUUAAUAUGAAAUGUAAAACGUGUGGGGAGUACAUUUAUAAGGGGAAAAAGUUCAAUGCUCGAAAAGAGGAUGUAGAGAAUGAGGAUUAUCUGGGUAUACGUAUAUAUAGAUUUUACAUAAAGUGUACACGAUGCCUCCAAGAAAUCUCCUUCAAAACGGACCCAAGAAACACGGAUUACGAGAUAGAAGCGGGGGCAACACGAAACUUCAUGGCCCUCAAGCUCGCAGAAGAGCAAGCAAUACGAGAAGAAGAAGAAGCACGGGAGGAAGAAGCCAGCAAUCCGAUGAAACUACUAGAAAACCGAACCAAGCAGUCGAAAAACGAAAUAGAAUUAUUGGAAUCGUUGGAAGAACUUAAAGAUUUAAACAGACGGCAGGAAGCCGUUGACUAUGAUUCUAUGUUGUUGGCAUAUGAUCCCACGAUAUCUGAAAGAGAAAGGGAGGAGAAAAUGCAACAAAUGGACGAUGAAUACAUCAAGACUAUCAAAUUUCACAGUGCGGAUAAACGGAAGUUGGUUGUUGAAGAAGAGAUCAUCGAGGAGGAUGCACCCGCUGCCAAAAUACCAAAAGCGGAAGUUGUGAAGGAUGUUAAAAGUCGAAGUGUUCCCGUGGUGAAAAAGAGCAUCGGUGGUCCGACGUCGUCCCGGAAGAUGUUAGCCGGACUGGUGAAAGUGAAGAAGGACGAGCCAAAAAAGGAAAAAGAGGCGGUAAAGCCCGAAAGUAGUAGUUUAAGACUAUUAGGUGCUUAUAGUGAUAGCGAAACUAGUGAUUAAGUAGGACAAUAAAACUUCUUAAGUAACAAA